ACCACCGCACGGUGAUUGAUCAUCACUAAGCUGGUGAUGGGCAUCCACCCUCCGGUGGUCUUCUGCCACCUGCCGGUAGAGUCACAUAUGACCACCGCGCUGGUGAUAAAAUUUCUUAGAGUGCAGUUAAGUACGAUGAACGUUUUAAAUGUGUUGAAGGAGCGGAUCUCAAUGACGAACAAACGUUUCGACUUAAUGUGAAUGAUAUUUUGGAACGUCUAACCACGCAGUUGUCGAACAUUCCAACGAAGGAUGAAUUUACCGCAGAUAUUAGAACGAUGGAAGCCAGAUUCACGGAAAAAUUGGAAAGUUUGCAAACUGAUAUGAGAAAUCUGGAAGGACUCGUAAAGUCUGGCAUGGAGGGGGGUAAUGGUCACAGAGAGCAAACUAUGAGGGGAAGAAGUCGAAGGGAAACUGACACUCAAGACGCUGUGAACGCCGACUAUCGAUUGGGAAUAUUAGCAUCAGAAGUUAGAAAGUCUGCUUUCAAUGAAACCUGCAAAUAUGCUGCGCUACUUCUGAAGGUUCAAAGCGACCAGGCUGCAGCUUUGGAAGAUAUCAGGAAUUCAAGCGCCAAUACGUCGCAAGGGGUUAAUACCAUUUUGACCGUGCUGGAAAGUUUCAAGUACUAUAUUAACAACUCAUUCGCGGACUUCUACAAGGUGAAGACUUGCAACGAUGACUCCAGUCUUACCGACUCAACGUUUCAUGAUCAACAGGUAGUCUGUGACGAAGAAUGGGUCAUAAUUCAACGGAGGGGUUCUCCAACUCCUCCAGGCAGAGAGAGAACCAACUUCGAAAGAAUUUGGGAAGUCUAUGAAAAUGGUUUUGGCAGACUUGACGGAGAUUUCUGGCUGGGCUUGAAAACCAUUCAUGCACUUACGGUAGAGGGAUUCACACAGCUACGGGUCGAUCUCGAGGACUGGAGUAGGAACAAGGCGUAUGCGAUGUACGACGUCUUCAAUGUGGCGGGUUCUCUAGAAAAGUACAGCUUAACAGUUGCCGGAUACACAGGAACUGCAGGUGACGGGCUACGUUACCAUAAUGGACAGCAAUUCAGCACAAUUGACAGUGACAACGAUAUAGCAAACUUUAGCUGUGCCGCGACAUACCACAGUGGCUGGUGGUAUAAGGAUUGCCACAAGGUUGCCCUGAACUCCAUAUAUCAUAAUUCGAGCACCACCGAGAAAAAUUGGGUGGGGGUCAUCUGGAGUGAUUGGAAGGCUGGUAAUUAUUCCUUGAAAAAAGUUGAAAUGAAGGUUCGCAAGCUACCUCGACUUAUCUAAAAGUACUGCCGACCUGGAUACCACGUAUCCAAAUUAAUUAAACAAUUUAAUAACAAUUUAAACAAUAAUUACAAACAAAAUCUUAUGGAUAAGUGUUGGAAAUUUUAUCCGUUACGAAAUUAAUUUUUAUGCACCCCUGGAAACCAGCCAUAGCGUUAAUUGUUGAUUUAUUUCGGGUUUUCAAAAAUUACAUAUUAAUUACUUACGAUAAGUAAA